CAUUUUUGCAGUACUUCUUGUUUUUGUUGGGUGCUGCAGCAAUGUUGUGUUUCUGGAAAUGCUUGUAAGGUCAGUGAUCAACUCUGAACUCCUCAACAAGAACUAUUGACAACUAGGCUACUAGCUUGGUUGAAUGAGGUUAGCUACAUCUUUAGAAUAUUUAUGCAUGCUUUGUUUAUAUAGGCCUAACUAAGAUGCUGUAAUGCUUAACAUACAAUAAUCUAUUAUUUAGGCUAGCAUAUUUCCUAAUAAUUAAUGCUAUUCAUGCACUUUUAUAUAUUUUCCUACUCCCAGAGAGUUCCCAGGAUGUGGCAACAUUGUGACCUUCGCUCAAUUUGCCUUCAUUGCAUUAGAGGGGUUCAUCUUCGAGACGAACUUUGGAAGAAAGAAACCAGCCAUCCCUAUGAGGUAGGUAGCCUAAUGCAGUGGUUCUCAAACUGUGAGGGAGGGGGUGGGGGGGGGUGCAUAAUCAGUUCCUCUUGUCAUGCUAGUCAUUGCAUACCUUGGAGAGUUAUUUAUAACUUGUCAGAAAUGGCCAGGUCAACUAGUCCAUGGCAGCUAACGUUUUUUUAUUUAGGUUUUUUAGUUCAUACAUAUUGUUGUAAUUUUUUAGUGACUGAAAUACACAUGAAUACACAAUAGACAUGGAAAAAUGUAUAGAAUUGCACGUAAAUUUGCUUUAAAACUGCACAAUGUUCUUUGCACCCCAUGACAAAAUGUGUAGAAUUGCAGGAAAUAAGCGUUAAACCUGCACAAUUCUCUCCACCAACAAGAGGGGUAUGAACAGUUUGUGUCAUGAACCGUGCUUGUGCCUAUAUACAGUGGGGAAAAAAAGUAUUUAGUCAGCCACCAAUUGUGCAAGUUCUCCCACUUAAAAGAUGAGAGAGGCCUGUAAUUUUCAUCAUAGGUACACGUCAACUAUGACAGACAAAAUGAGAAAAAAAAAUGCUGAAAAUCACAUUGUAGGUUUUUUAAUGAAUUUAUUUGCAAAUUAUGGUGGAAAAUAAGUAUUUGGUCAAUAACAAAAGUUUCUCAAUACUUUGUUAUAUACCCUUUGUUGGCAAUGACACAGGUCAAACGUUUUCUGUAAGUCUUCACAAGGUUUUCACACACUGUUGCUGGUACUUUGGCCCAUUCCUCCAUGCAGAUCUCCUCUAGAGCAGUGAUGUUUUGGGGCUGUCGCUGGGCAACACGGACUUUCAACUCCCUCCAAAGAUUUUCUAUGGGGUUGAGAUCUGGAGACUGGCUAGGCCACUCCAGGACCUUGAAAUGCUUCUUACGAAGCCACUCCUUCGUUGCCCGGGCGGUGUGUUUGGGAUCAUUGUCAUGCUGAAAGACCCAGCCAUGUUUCAUCAUCUUCAAUGCCCUUGCUGAUGGAAGGAGGUUUUCACUCAAAAUCUCACGAUACAUGGCCCCAUUCAUUCUUUCCUUUACAUGGAUCAGUCGUCCUGGUCCCUUUGCAGAAAAACAGCCCCAAAGCAUGAUGUUUCCACCCCCAUGCUUCACAGUAGGUAUGGUGUUCUUUGGAUGCAACUCAGCAUUCUUUGUCCUCCAAACACGACGAGUUGAGUUUUUACCAUAAAGUUCUAUUUUGGUUUCAUCUGACCAUAUGACAUUCUCCCAAUCCUCUUCUGGAUCAUCCAAAUGCACUCUAGCAAACUUCAGAGGGGCCUGGACAUGUACUGGCUUAAGCAGGGGGAUUUGAGUCCCUGGCGGCGUAGUGUGUUACUGAUGGUAGGCUUUGUUACUUUGGUCCCAGCUCUCUGCAGGUCAUUCACUAGGUUCCCCCGUGUGGUUCUGGGAUUUUUGCUCACCGUUCUUGUGAUCAUUUUGACCCCACGGGGUGAGAUCUUGCGUGGAGCCCCAGAUCGAGGGAGAUUAUCAGUGGUCUUGUAUAUCUUCCAUUUCCUAAUAAUUGCUCCCACAGUUGAUUUCUUCAAACCAAGCUGCUUACCUAUUGCAGAUUCAGUCUUCCCAGCCUGGUGCAGGUCUACAAUUUUGUUUCUGGUGUCCUUUGACAGCUCUUUGGUCUUGGCCAUAGUGGAGUUUGGAGUGUGACUGUUUGAGGUUGUGGACAGGUGUCUUUUAUACUGAUAACAAGUUCAAACAGGUGCCAUUAAUACAGGUAACAAGUGGAGGACAGAGGAGCCUCUUAAAGAAGAAGUUACAGGUCUGUGAGAGCCAGAAAUCUUGCUUGUUUGUAGGUGACCAAAUACUUAUUUUCCACCAUAAUUUGCAAAUAAAUUCAUUAAAAAUCCUACAAUGUGAUUUUCUGGAUUUUUUUUUCUAAUUUUGUCUGUCAUAGUUGACGUGUACCUAUGAUGAAAAUUACAGGCCUCUCUCAUCUUUUUAAGUGGGAGAACUUGCACAAUUGGUGGCUGACUAAAUACUUUUUUCCCCCACUGUAAAUAGAUGUGGCGCAGGGGGGCACAGGAGGUUCCCCAGCGCUGUAAAGGUGGCCCCAAGUGAAAAAGUUUGGGAACCCCUUGCCUAAUGUAUGAGAAUGUAGCUACAGUGAUGGAAUUAUUGAGCUGUCUGUCUGUCCUCUCGCCUGUCCGUCUGUCUCCCAGUCCUGUCAGGGAUGAGAAGCACAGUUUUCAUUCAACCUUUGUGUUUAUUUCUUCUUCAUAGCAACUAUGUAAUCAUGGUGACCAUGUUCUUCACAGUCAGUGUGAUCAACAACUAUGCUCUCAACUUCAAUAUCGCUAUGCCUCUACACAUGAUCUUCAGAUCUGUAAGUCUACUGUUAUAAAUGCUCAAAUGGCUUUAACUCUCACCAUCUGAUGCUUGUAGUACCAUUAAUUACCAACAUCUAAUAAUAUCCCUUCUUGGUUGACUUAAUGCCUUGUGUUGUACUUAUAUCUUCACAGGGAUCGCUAAUAGCUAAUAUGAUCCUGGGUAUAAUCAUUCUGAAGAAAAGGUAUCCCCCUCAUCAUUUCUCUUGACUUGGCAGUCUUACAAACCCUUACCAUUGUUAACAUGUUACAGUUAAUCUAGAGAUGUUACUAAUUAGUUAGCCAAAUUAAUAGGAUACUUUUGCCUCUCUGCAGCAUGAGCUAUAGCAUCAAAGGAAUGUAUUGCUGCUUUUGUCACUAUUUUGCAUGAUCAUGAUGACUGCUGCUGAAAUGCCUAAAAUGUCUGGCCUGGUCUGAUUAUCCAAAACAUGAGGUUCUGAAACUAUGUACUGCAUAUUUUCCCUGCAGGUAUUCAAUGAGUAAAUAUCUCUCCAUAGCGAUGGUGUCUCUGGGCAUCUUCAUAUGCACCAUCAUGUCCGCCAAACAAGUGGUGAGCUCUUCAUAACAUUAACAUGUUUCUGUUCAACCACACACUUUGUUUCCAUAUAAUGUGCACUGUGGGUUGCAGCUUCAAUGUCUAGUAGCUGAGUUUUCACACACAUUUGUUACACAGUUAUUACAAUCUGUUACAUACACAGUUAUUACAAUCUGUUACAUACACAGUUAUUACAAUCUGUUACAUACACAGUUAUUACAAUAUGUUACAUACACAGUAGUCAGUACAUAUUUGUUCAUAUUGUACAGAGAGAUCUUUAACUGACUACACAACACAGUAAGAUUUUGUGCUGUUACAUUUUCUGCUAUUUAGUGACCUCUGUUUUCCACUUUUCAGAAUGUAGGUACUGAGGGCUCAGAGGAUCAAGGUGUAUAUGCCUUCCUGCACUGGCUGAUGGGUAAGUCUUCCAUGGACUGUUACUGUUAGGUGUGUAUAUAGGCGUGAGACAUGGAGUCUUCUCAGCCAGAAGUCUUUGUUCCAGAAUGACUUGCAUUUUUGAUAAUAAGAUCUUUACCUUGCCUCGACUAGUUGGGACUACCUUUAUCUGAGAACUGGACACUGAUUGUUACGGUUGUUUACAAAUGGUGGACAAUGGCUUGAGAUUAAAGAGCACACAACUCUGACUAUCACACAAACCCUGCAUUCAUACUUAUAGGAAAUUACUCGAUGUGACUUACAAGUCCCUAGUGCAUAAUCUAUUCCAUUCCCAUUUUAACCUGAUAAUACAAGCUUAUGGCACGGACACACCGGUAGGAUUGUAGAGCGUCAGCUGGCCGAGAGUACUUAGCACCUCUGAACAGAGUGCUGGCAGUAAUUUGCAAACCGAUUCUACAUGUAGAAAUGGGCGAAAAUGACGGCAGUCAGCAAGCGAACGAAUGGUAAACGAACGGCCCCCUACUGGACAGACCGACAAUCGGUCUGCUGAGUUUUCUCCUUAAACAAAACAACAAAACUCUCUCACUCUCUCUCUCCCUGUAUGGUUACAGUAUCCGUUUCUCAACCAUGACACAACUCAUUUUCUGGGUUUGUUGUUGUUUUUCUAGGUAUCGCCAUGUUGACCUUUGCACUGCUCAUGUCUGCGAGAAUGGGCAUUUUCCAGGAGACCCUGUACAAGCAGUAUGGUAAACACUCAAAAGAGGCUCUCUUCUAUAAUGUAAGUGUCAACCCCAAACUCCUGUAUGCGUUCCAAACCUGCCAGAUGUUGUAUACUUGAAAGGCAAAGUAACUAACAAAAGCCAUUGUAAUUUAUCCCCUGGCAAUGGAGAGAUUUUCUCACCAAACAUAAUGCUCCACCCUACAAUUGUUGAUCUAUAUUUGGUGCAAACCAAGUGUCUGCAUUUUCAGUGUUGUGUGCACUGUGCAUUGAUAACAGGGUGUUUAUAUGAAUACUUUACUCUAUGUAUGUAUCGUCUCUGCAGUUCUAAUAUGUUUGUCAUUGCUCUCUCAGCACUGCUUGCCUUUGCCUGGGUUCCUGCUUCUGUCCUCAGACAUCUACAACCACGGUGUCCUCUUCAGUCAAAGCAGUGAGUUAAAUACAGUCUAAGUUUUGUAUGAAAACAUGUCAAAGUAUCCUCCUCAUUGAGUAGAGUUCCCAGGUUUUUCAGAAAUCCCAGUUGGAGGAUUGAUGGGAAAGGGCUUCACUAACCUCAAUAAUUUAAAGUUAUGUCUGUUGGUUUCUUUGCUUAGCCUGGUUACAGAUCUGUUUGUGCUGUCUUGACAAUGACCAUAGGAGUUGGCAAGACAGCACAAACGGAUCUGGGACCAGGCUAGUCUUUGCUCAUGUUAUGAAUGUUAUGUUGAAUUCACAUUGUCACAUUGUCCAGAGUUGGGCUGUAGCCUAAAUGCCAUUUGUCUUCCAGCUCCUGUAGAGAUUCCUGUGAUUGGCCAGGCUGUGCCGGUGUUGUGGCUGUACCUACUGCUGAACGUCAUCACACAGUAUCCUUUACAAUACUUUCACAGUGAAUACUGUAUUUGUGUGUAGUCACUAUAAUAACUGGUUUUAUUGUCACAUACACGGGAUAGGUGCAGUGAAAUGUGUUGUUUUACAGUGUCAACCAUAGUAGUAUGACACCUCUGGAGCAAAGUAGGGUUAAUUGCCUUGCUUAAGGGCACAUCAACAGAUUUUUCACCUUGUCGGCUCAGGUAUUCGAACCAGCCGCCAUGUUUAGGAUUGGAAGUUGUCGAUAGUUGUGCUGUAGCCUAAAUUCGAUUUUUCUUUCAGCUCCUGUAAAUCUCACUUUCUCAGUAAACACUGUAUGUGUAGUCACUGCACAUAAAUGGGUACGUGACUACACAUACAUCCCAUUGGAAACUAAUUAGACUAACCAGAUCAGUACAAAAACAGUUUGUAUACAGCUGCAAACAGACAACACACUGUUACUGACGUGUCUGUACACUAGAAGACGAUGCACAUUCACCUUACACAUUGCAAUGCAAACACACUCUCUCUCUCACUCACGCACACACAUUUUAGACCCGUUUUUUUAUUAAACACAUACCAUCAUCCUCUACCAGACCUUCACCCUCCUCAGAUAUGUGUGCAUCCGCGGUGUCUUCAUCCUGACCACGGAGUGUGCCUCUCUCACCGUAACCCUGGUGGUGACUCUGAGGAAGUUCAUCAGCCUCAUCAUCUCCAUCCUCUACUUCAAGAACCCCUUCACCGCCUGGCACUGGGUGGGCACUGGAGUCGUCUUCCUGGGCACCCUGAUCUACACGGAGGUCUGGACUAACAUCUGCGCGGCACUGAGAGGAAGAGACGAGCUGAAGGAGAAAACUACGUAG